AUGCCUCCAUCUCACUAUCGUAUGUAUAAUUCUUUCUUUCUUGUCAUAUAUUGCUUAUCUUUUCUGUUCUUUCUUUCUUUCUCGUUAUAUACUGUUUGUCACUUCCAUUCCUUCUUUCUUUUUUUCUUUUCAUAUAUUGCUUGUCUCUUUUGUUCUUUCUUUCUAUCUUUCUUUCUUUCUUGUCACAUAAUGUUUGCCUUUUCGUUCUUUCUUUCUUUCUUUCUUGUUAUAUAUUGUUUGUCUCUUUUAUCCUUUCUUUCUUUCUUUCUUUCUUUCUUUCUUUCUUUCUUUCUUUCUUUCUUUCUUUCCAAAUCCUGCUUGUAUUUUUCUUUGUUUUCCGUAUACUUCUUUUUCUUAAAAAUUAAUUCCAGCUUUUGUGUAUAUUUCUACAUAACUCUCUAUCACUCACAACCAUAUAUUAUUCUUUCUUUCUUUCUUUUCAUAUAUUGCUUAUCUUUUCUGUUCUUUCUUUCUUUCUUGUUAUAUACGGUUUGUCUCUUCCAUUCCUUCUUUCUUUUUUUCUUUUCAUAUAUUGCUUGUCUCUUUUAUUCUUUCUUUCUUUCUAUCUUUCAUUCUUUCUUUCUUGUUACAUAA